UUGGAGAACUUUGGUUUUUGACAUCGGUUUUCAGCGUUGGCUGCCAAACCAUGGUUCUGGCAAACCAUCCCGACAUGGUUCUGCCAAAAGGGGUCUCUUGGGUCUACUUUUCACAUCCAUUCCUCACACAUUUCAUAGCUUUACAUUGCAUCAUUCCAUAAACUUUUUACAUAGCUUUUUAGAGCCAUUUCUUGAGGAAUUGAGUGUGUUCUUGAUCUAAAUUAGUUUACUCAUAUUCUACUCUUUAAGAGAGUUUUUGUUCUUGAGUGGUUAAGUGUGGUGAACACUUUAAGGGAGAUGGGUACCAUUAGUACCAGAAGCGUGUCAAGCGUUGACUCCAGUCAAACCUUCGUGCUUGGUAAGAGACGAAAGAACAAGAGGCAAAGUUAUGAUUCGAAAGAGCGCUACCAACGUGCACAUCGCAAGGCUCGGAUAGCAAGGCUAAGGAUCUGGAAGCGCCGGAAGGCAUCAUGGGAAAGAGAUGAUCCAGAGGAAACGUUCAGCGUGGACUCUGCCAAUAGUAUAUGCGGCGCAGGUGUGGAUAUUUCUUCAGUGGACUCAGCCCGACUAGACUAGUGGGUUACCUGCUAACUUAUGACAUAGUCGAGCUUUACAUUGCAUCAUUCCAUAAACUUUUUACAUAGCUUUUUAGAGCCAUUUCUUGAGGAAUUGAGUGUGUUCUUGAUCUAAAUUAGUUUACUCAUAUUCUACUCUUUAAGAGAGUUUUUGUUCUUGAGUGGUUAAGUGUGGUGA